UUUAGCUAGCGUUUUGGAUUAUUAAGCGCGUUUGCGUUUUAGCCCUUUUUUGUAUACUGUGUUCUUGCUUGCAGGGUUUGGGUUUGGGUUUAGGGGUUUAGGGUGAAUUAAUUUUGGACUGGCCUAGGGUUUUAGCGUUAUUCAUACCAGAAGAUGGGAAGUAGAUCGAUACUGGUAGGCAUGGAGGUCCCAAUCAUUGGCAGCGAUUCAUUGAAAUGGAUUGACGUCCCUGUUUCUUCUUCUUCUUCUGGUCCUUCUGAUGCCUCUGCCUUCGCCUCCACUGAUGCUCCUUGCGUCCCUCCUGUCACCGACGAUUGCGCCUCUUCCAUCGCCAUUGGAGAACCUCCUACAUAUCUCAUAUGGAAAAUUCACAAGAAUCUUCCUCAUGCUCUCGAACUACUUGAGCUCAGUGCUUCUAAAGACUUCUCCAAAGUUGGGCUUCGAAUCACUUUUCCAGAUGCGCUCUCUCCCUUGCUUCUUCUUUGUAAAAAUGAGAUUGAUGUAGGUUCUAAGAGCCACCCCUACUUGCUUUAUGCAUUGACUGUCUCAGGGGUCGCUUACCUUUUGAGACUUGGACCCAUCUCUACUUAUGUAUCCCGCUCUGGUUUCCGGCUGGAUGAGCUUGUGGAGUUUAAUGUCAACGCCUACGGACCAGUAACAAGUGCUGCAGCAACACCAUCUGGGUGCCUUGUACUUGGGCGGGGUGACGGAUCCCUUGCUUGUCUCCAACUGGGCUCACUUGACCCCUCUGCUCCUGGUUUUGUGAGGGAGCUGCGGGAUGAUUCGGGAAUUGGUCGUUUGUGGGGUUUCAUGUCAAGGGGUAGGAUGCUAGGGGCUGUGCAGGACUUGGUGAUAUCAGUCGUUCAUGGAAAGCCACUUGUAUUUGUGCUUCAUUCUGAUGGGAUGUUACGAGUGUGGGAUCUUUCAUGCCAUAGCAGGCUCUUUAGUAAUAACAUGAACAGUCCGACACUGGCAGGUGCUACAUUGGUAAGGUUAUGGAUUGGUCAAGUUGACAGUGAUUCAAACAUGAUUCCUUUGGCAAUCUUGUACAGGCAUACUUCGGAUAUCAGCUCAGAGACGAUCUAUGCAUAUAGCCUCCGUUGUAAUUUUGGGGAUAGAUUCCUUUUAAUGCUGGAACCUUCAGCGAUAAAUAUUCCUUUGGAGGAGGUUGGAUGGGUUGAUGUCAAACUUACUUCCGACAAGAUAUGCAUACUGAAAAAUAAUGGAUUGGUACUUCACAACUUGUUGACGAAUGUCAAUACGGAAGAUGCAUGUUCUUACGCCUUGCAGGAGGACUUCGUUGCAGAUCAAUUGUUUCAAAGUUCUGAGCAUUCUUCAGAUGACCUUCUUUUGUUAACACAUUCAGUAUUCUCAUCUUCAAAGGAUCAUAUUGUACAAGUUGUAUCUUCGACUUUCUUACGCAGGCUGCUUCUUCCUGGGGUUUAUCAUAGCAUUGCCUUGCGCUCAACUUUGCUGGAUUAUAAUAGGCACUGGAGUGAUUCAGAUUUCCAGUCCUUAACUGCUGAUAUGUUGAAGAAGGAAAUCCUUUCCGUCAUUGAACAUGAGGGUGUCAAUGAUAAUUCAACGUCAAUAUUUUGCUGCUGGAAGAAUUUAUGUUCUCGCUACUUUCAAAACUGGUGCAAGAGCAAUGCACCAUGCGGUUUGCUUGUUGAUUCCUCCACGGGCACUUUUGGUUUGGUCAGAAAGAAUUCGGUAUCUUUUUUUCGUUGUUUGGAGGAUAUUGAGCGGCUUAAUGAUGGCAUUUGUGAUGACCUUGGCGAUCUUGUUGGCUUUGGGUUGGAUUUAUUUGAUGAUGCUCCUGAAUUUGAGGUGCUCGUUGAAAUGCUCAGAUGUGUUGUUAAUGUCAGCCAACAAUUGGGCAAAACAGCUUCCGCUAUAUUUUAUGAAUCACUCCUCAGUGCACCACCAGUUAUAUCACCUGAGGAGAUUACUCGUCGCCUAUUGAAGAUUUUAGAGACUGGAUAUAGUUCAACAGUAUCAAUGCUUCAUAUAUCAGAUCUUGGACCUGAUGUUGCUUGGGAGAAAAGCCUGGCAGAUCACAAAAAUUUGAGGAAAUUUUCGAUCGACAUGCUGUUAUCUCUUCAUGCUUUGCACAAGAAAUCUGGCACAUGGAGUCGAAUCUUAAACGCGAUUGAGAGUUAUCUAAAAUUUCUCAUACCUCAGAAAAUCGUUCAAAAAUUUGAUGCUGAAAUAUCAUUGGAUAUCAGUGCUUCCAUCGUGGUCCAGGCUACUUCUCAAGUUGCGAAGGUUAUGUUUGAGUCUGCACUGGACAUUCUUCUGUUUCUAAGCUAUCUAGUGAGCAUUAGUGGGCAGAUCCAUAUGCUGCAUGAUGAUAUAUCCAAAAUUCAACUUGACUUGAUUCCAAUGAUUCAAGAAUUCAUUUCUGAGUGGCUUCUUAUACAUUUCUUUGCCACCACGCCGUCUGAACCAGCUGCUAUUGAAGAUUUCAGUUCCCAACUUUCAUUAUUACAAAUUGAUAGCAACAUGGGCAAAAGAUCAUUGAAUGAGAAGCUUGGGAAGUGCGAGUUCACUCUGGCUUUUAUAUUCAUACUAAAUAUUCGAAGUUCCUCCAGAGACCAAAACCGCCUCUCUUCAAGAAGCAUACCAGACAUGCAUGACAUUAUUAUUUCAAUGCGGGACUUCGCUAGCUGGAUCAUUUGGGGCCAUGCUGGGGAUUGCUUUACCUUCCUCAGCCGUGCAACGGAUCUUGCUUUGAUCCUCCUAAGGCAUGGGCAGUAUGAUGCGGUUGAGCACCUACUCACUAUUGUGGAGGCACAUUUACAAAAGGAGAAGACAUCUCAUAGUAUCCAAGAUACAGAGGGAGGAUGGUGCAUACUUCAUCAUCUUUUAGGAUGCUGCUUCCUUUCUCAGGCACACCGUGGGUUGCAUGGAGUACUGAAAGACAGGAAAAUCAAUGAAGCUGUUCGUUGUUUCUUCAGAGCUUCAUCUGGAAAAGGGUCAUCUGAGGCUUUACGGAGUUUGCCUCAGGAAUUGGGGUUGCCAGAUCUUGGUUUUACUGGUAGCAUAUCAGCUGCAGCAUGGAGGCUCCAUUACUAUCAGUGGGCUAUGCAGAUAUUUGAGCAAUAUAAUAUUAGUGAAGGUGCAUGUCAGUUUGCUCUUGCUGCGCUUGAGCAAGUUGAGGAAGCUUUUAAUGAAAAAGAUGAGUUCCAUGGACAAGACUCAAUCAAUGAAUCAGUAUCUACCAUCAAAGGACGACUUUGGGCAAAUGUCUUCAAGUUUACUUUAGAUCUUAAUCUCUUUUAUGAUGCAUAUUGUGCAAUAAUUUCAAACCCAGAUGAGGAGAGCAAGUACAUCUGCUUGAGGCGUCUGAUAAUUGUUCUUUAUGAACGUGGUGCCAUAAAGAUUCUUUGUGGUGGUCAGCUACCGUUCAUUGGCCUUACAGAGAAGGUAGAGCAAGAGCUUGCCAGGAAGGCAGAUUGUUCAGAUGUUUUGGCAAAGCCAAACUUAUAUAAGUUGCUUUAUGCAUUUGAAAUGCAUCGACAUAACUGGAGAAGAGCAGCAAGCUACAUGUACCUAUAUUCUGUUCGUUUGAGAACAGAGACAGCUCUGAAAGAUUACCAGAACACGUCACUGGCACUAAAGGAGAUCCUCAAUGGGCUCUCUGCUGCUAUCAAUGCACUUCAUCUUGUUCAUCCUGCCUAUGCUUGGAUUGAUCCUCUACCUGAGAGAAGUUAUCUUCACAAUGAGCAGUAUCCGAGUAAAAAGGCUAAAAUUACCAUAGAUGAACAAACUGCCAGCAAUGAUGUUCACCCUCAAACAGGGAAAUCUUAUAUUGAUAUUGAGAAAAUUGAGAACGAGUUUGUGCUUACUUCAGCAGAAUAUUUGCUUUCAUUGGCACAUGUCAAGUUGACAUCUAGUGGAACCCAGAAAACACCACUGGAGGUUGUUGAUCUCCUGAUCCAGGCAAAUUUAUAUGAUAUGGCAUUUACAAUUCUUUUAAGAUUCUUAAAAGGUUCAGAGUUAAAGAGGGGAUUGGAAAGAGUUUUCUCUGCCAUGUCAUUGAAAUGCUGCUGUCCACAUAGAGUUGAUUCUUCAUGGGUCGGGGAUGAUCCCAGAGCACAUGGUCUUCUGUUGACUUCAUUAAAGGAUGAAGUAGUUGUUCAUGGUUCACCUGAUACAAAUCAACAAUCUAAGGGAAUCAGUCAAUGGGGAACUCUUGAGCUUUAUCUUGAAAAAUAUAAAGUGUUCCAUGCCCGUUUACCGCAAGUUGUUGCUGAAACUCUUCUUCGUACGGAUCCUCAAAUUGAAUUGCCUCUUUGGCUGGUAAAGAUGUUCAAGGAUGGUAGGCGGGAAAGGACUUGGGGCAUGACUGGCCAAGAAUCAAAUCCAGCGUUAUUGUUCCAACUAUAUGUUGAUUAUGGUCGAUAUAGAGAAGCUACAAAUCUUUUGCUCGAGUACAUAGGAUCGUUUGCAUCAAUGAGACCAGCUGACAUAAUCAAUCGUAAAAGACCAUGUGCAGUUUGGUUUCCAUACACAGCAGUUCAGCGUCUGUGGUGCCAACUUGAGGAAAUGAUCAGUUUGGGCCACAUGGUAGAUCAAUGUAACAAGCUGAAAAACUUAUUACAUGGAGCUUUGCUGAGCCAUCUUGAACUCGUAAAGGUGGACUCAGAAGAUGUACUCUCUGCUUUUAGUUGAGAGAUUUCAUUUAGCUAACAAGAUGGACACACUUUGGAUGCAACCCUGAAGUUGAGCAUCAGUUGCUUUGUAGAUACGCCUGAGUUCUUACUGGAAAAUGCUAAGAAGGAAGUAUUGGGAAGCACCAUGUAGCUCUCAAGACAAUUGGGAAGCUGGGGAGAGUUGCCGUGUGUUGCGUCGGUGACAUCUUCUGCCCCUCCUCUCUCCCUUAAUGUAUAUAUGUAAUACAUGACGGAACUUUGAAAGCUGAUGUUACUUUCAUACAUGAUUUGCCAACUGAAGUGAUUAUAAAUUCAGUUUAAUAUUUGUUUCAGAA